ACUACUUCCAUUGAGCUCAUAACUGGCUACACCCAAGUUUGCAUCAAUUCAUACUUGCAGAUCUACUAUGAAAUUCAAGAUACCCAGAGAGCUAGACGUAGUCAAUGACCAGCUCAGAUCAAAUUCCGUGUCACCUCAAAGUCCCCUAAAGAGAACUGAAGAAAAUGGUUGCACCGACAACGAUGAUUUGGCAACACCACAAACUCCGCCGGAAUCCAUGGCACAUCUCAACACGCAAUUCCUCUCCCGCAGCUGGCAUCAUUCCAAUGAAGAUCUGAAACAUAUUCCUGUGAAAAUAAAAUCUGCAAGUAUGGUACCGGUACCAUUAAUCUUACCUCCGGCUGAACCGGACUUGGGGAGCAGAUCGCAACCUACUUCGAGACGAGGAAGUGUCGAGUAUGAUUCCAAUUUUCGCAGAUUCACACGAGCAUACUUGAUACCUGCUGCGAAAUGGGCCUAUCUGCCAUUAAGCAAGAACAAAAAGAAGGUAAAGCACGAUGAAGACUAUAUCAUUGAAUAUUCUACGUUCAGACCAUUGAGAAACUUGCCACAGUUGACAUCAGCCAGGGAUAUUUUCAUUCACUGGAGAAGAGUAGUGGAAGAUGAAACAAAAAUUCCAUUUGACUUUCCAGAGAAUUACCUCAGCGAGCGAGAUUUCUCGAUGUUGCUAAGUCAUAUAACUGAAAUCAUUGAACUUGAGCAUGAGUUCCCCCAGAGAAUAACUCAGGGUUCAUCCGGGAGUUACUUCAUAUAUGGGAGAAGACCCAAUGGAGAAAUAUACAAAGCGGGUGUAUUCAAACCGAAAGACGAAGAGCCAUAUGGUCCACUCCUGCCAAAAUGGUCCAAAUGGGCCCAUAGAACUUUCUUCCCGUGUUGUUUCGGGCGGUCUUGUCUUAUUCCCAAUUUGGGAUAUAUCAGUGAAGCAGCUGCAUGUUGUCUCGAUCGACAUUUGCAAUCAUACAUUGUUCCAUUUACUGAGGUGAUUUGUUUGCGAUCUCCCACGUUUUUCUAUUCGUAUUGGGAUCAGAAUAGCGAUGUUACGAAAUUACCCCAGAAAAUUGGAUCAUUUCAAGUGUUUCUUCAAGGAUACCUGGAAGCAGACGUGUGGAUACGUCAGAACCCAAUACCGCUGGAUCAUGAAACAAUACUGAAUCUACCAAAAUAUCUGGAUGUUGAAGUGGACAUAAACGAGAGUGAAUUUACAUUCAAAUGGAGCAUUGAGUCGAUGCGACAGUUUCAAGAAGAAGUGGAAAAACUAGUGAUCUUAGAUUAUAUAAUGCGAAAUACUGAUCGUGGAUUAGACAAUUGGAUGAUUAGAGUAGACUGGACCCAGGUUGACUCCGACAGUAAAACCACAAAGAUCAUGAAACCCAAGAUCAAGAUCGGAGCCAUUGAUUCGGGAUUAGCAUUCCCUUGGAAACACCCCGAUGAAUGGCGGUCAUUCCCAUUCGGAUGGCUCUUUCUUCCAUACUCUAUAAUUGGCCAGCCAUUCUCAAUGCGAACGAGAAAUCAUUACUUGCCGCUUCUUACAUCAAAACUAUGGUGGGAACAAACGGUCAAGGGACUUCGGGGAGUGUUCACUAAAGAUCAAGAUUUCCAAGAAAGAUUGUGGCAUAAACAGUUGGCAGUACUCAAGGGACAAGCGUUCAAUGUAGUUGAGAUCCUAAAGUUGGGAUACGCGGGCCCAUUGGAAUUGGCUAAACGAGAGAACUUGCUUGUGUUUGAUGAUGUCAUGUACAUGCCGGAGAAUAUCGAUAGUAACGAAGACAUAUUCCGCAUGCAAUCUUCACUGUAUGAAACAGAUACCUCUCGUCAAUAUGAUGACAUACAUACUCCAUUACUCCCUAGUCAAGCCCAUACCUACUUAUCAAAUAGUCUUGUGGCAAUAAAUGAAGACGAUGUGGCAAAUGGAUCAGGGUACGAGCAUAUUAAUAGAGAUAGCGGCGUGAAUGCUACAGGAAACAGAAGAGUUAUUAUAGAACGGUUAGUUAAAGAAACUAGUAGACCACCAGUAUUUACAUGGUGGUGAUAGUCUAUACAUACUUGUCGUGAAAUAUACGGGCAUAGUCAUCAGAAUUACCUUUGAAAUCUUCUUGGUUAAGUUCAAACAUUCCUCUUUCCUCUUUGAUUCUAAAUUGGACCAUUUUCAAUAAUGAGUAAAUCACGGAAAGUAUAGGUGUAGACACACCGUUUUCUCUAGCAAUUCUCAUAGGGUUACCCAAGAUGAUUUCCAAUUCCAUUAAUUGUCCUUUUCUCAUGUCGAUACACAUGGAAGGAGCAUAGAAUAAUCCGUCGCCUAUGUGAAUGAACUUGUCGACUUUACUAGCAUCACAUUCUACUCCCACGGAUUUGGCAAUGGCAAUGACUUCCAACAUGGCUGGUCUUAUUAAGUCUUCAUUGACGCCGUUGAUUUGAAGACGAGUCACAUCAAGAUUGACUAAUGCAGUAAUGGUAUUGAAUACGGAAUUAUAGAUCAAUUUCUCCCAUCUUGUCUUUUGAACAUUCUCAUCGAGAACAAUUUUGUUCUUGUUAUCCGGGUUUUGAUAGAUGCUGAUAAACUCCUCAAUCUUCAGUUGGGAGAGAGGGUGGCGCUUUCCUUCAGGAUUGAAGUCUCCAAGGAAGACAUUGUCUGGUCCCUUAUUGUCAACAUGACCAUGGUAGUAAGUUGAGCCAAUGUGCGAGAUUCCACUAAGGACAAGAUGGUUGGGGAAUGCAGCAUACAUGGGCUUCUCAACUCCUAAACCGUUUUGGAGCAAGAUUAUUACCAGCUCAGGACUGGAGUCAACUGCAGGUUUAAUAAUUUGUUCACAAGUGAUGGAAGCAUCCGGAAUGUUCUUAGUGGUGACUAAUAUGUAAUCAAACGGACCAAAUCUUUCAGCAGCAUCGGUGACCGAUUUAGCUACGUUGUGAGGCUUCCAGUUGGUCAACUCACCAUAUGUGCACGAAUUAAUCGAAUAACCCUUGGUGGAAAUAAGUUCAUAGUCGGAUCUGACUACUAAGGUGACUUCACAUUUAUUGUUGGUAGUGAGUGAAAGUGCGGAGAUUGUUCCUACUCCGCCGGAACCAAUAAUCAACACUUUUGGUUUGGUGACUGAAGUAGCAGGUGUCAUUGGUCUAUAUAAGUUCUAUCGUGUUAGCAAAAUAAGGGAAAUUUCCUGGAAAAGAAACAAGUAGAUCUUUUCUGGGGUAAAUCAAAGUGGAUGACAGGAUUAUAUUUGUAGCAGUAAAAUCUC